AUAGUGAUAAUGUUAUCCGAAAAUAUAAUCAAUUGUGUACAUAUUUAAAAAAUAAAAUAUGUGUGAGAACACGAAAUAAUUUUUUUUUAGAAAUAUAUUACUUUUAAAAAUUAAAAUUUAAAGAAAAUGACGGGACUCUUAGAGUCAAAACUGUGUUUGUUGUGGUUUUAUUUUUAUGAUUAAGGGAUACAUUGUUGGUAUCAUGUCUUCCGAUGAAAAUAUUGAAUUAGAGUGCCAAUUUAUGAAGGCUCUUGGAAUUUUAAAAAAAGAAGAAGUUUUAAUUAUCAACGAUAGACGAAAAUCCAUUAGUAAGAAAAUUACACUUGGAUCAGCAAAUAAAGAAGAGUUAUUAAAACAAAUAAAUAUUGAAUCAGAUUUACUGGAGUCUUGUCAACAAAAAUUAAAACAAGAAUUUGAGGAGAAUAUUAGUAUUGAUAUUAAGCACAAUGUAUUCAAAAUCAUUUCUAACCGCAUUAAUGACAUGUACAAAAGUUUAUUUUUGCUUUUUACUGUUGAUAAUAAUAAUUUAAAGGACUACAUUGAAUUUUGUUUAAACAAUGAUUUAUUAAUUAAGUGCAGUAAGUUAUUAAAUACGCUGAUGUCUCGACAUCAUAGUGAUCCGGAACUUUAUAUGACUGCUGCACGUUUUGAGUUUGAAGAGCGUAAAAAUAUUGAACAGGCAAGACUGUAUUAUGAACAAGGUUUACAUGAUCAUAGCCAGUGCAAAGAAAUAUGUUUGGAUGAAUUUUGGAUGGAGGUUCAACAUUGUUUAGAAGCUGGCGUAAAACACAGUACAUGUAUUGAAAAAUAUAGAUCUGCUAUUAAGCAUUUUGAUGGUGAUAUUUCUUUUCAUAUUAAAAUGCUAGAUGUUUCACUGAGAUUACGGUCAGUAGAAGAAAUACAGUCACUAAUUGUUAAAGAUAUGGUUGAAAAAUAUAAACACCAUGAAUUACUUUGGCAUAAAUUGGCUCAAAUGCAAUUGGAUGGUUUUUGCUAUCAUCCUCAAACUGAACGUCUGCAGUAUUCCAAUGAAUAUAUGGCUGUCCAUAAUUGUAUAAAUGUUUAUGAAGAUGUCUUGAAUCAAAAUUUACUCCAAAUUGAUAAACAACAUUUAUGGGAAUUAUACUUAGAUACUGUGAUUGAAAUUAGAAAGUCUUAUCGUAUGCAAAAUGAAUCUACUAAACGAUAUAUGCAUGAAACAUUAGAACGUGCAUUUCAAAAUGCACAUUUAAGUGGUGCAUUACACAUUCCUAAAUAUUAUUUAUACUGGGCUGAAAAUUCUAGUUUAGAUGACCGACGAGCUAUUUUGUCUGGAGCAGUAAAAGCAUUGAAAUCUAGUGUAGAACUAUGGAUAGAACUUUUGAAUUUAUAUGUUACACAUGACUGUUUUGAUAAUCUUGUUGAGGCUUUUCAGGAAGGUGUACGCUCAUUGAAAGAUAACUCUUUACCAUUAUGGUUGAUUAUGAUAAGAUACAUGCAAAACACACAUCCAAAAUUGAUUGAACAACUGUAUCAAGAAGGUUCAAAUUUAGGGUAUACAUCAGUAGCAUUGGAGUUAAGGCCAGCUUAUCUUGACUGGUGUGUACUUCAUAAAGGACUAUUGGCAGCUCGAGAUCUGUUCAAUGAACUUAAAAAACUAGAACCUCCUUGUCAAAAUUUAUAUAUGGCCAUGAUAAAUUAUGAAAAAACUCAAACCAAUGAUGUUAGUAAUAUUAAUACUAUUAGAAAAAUAUACAAUGAGGCUUGUAAUAAGUUUGGAAAAACUGAUACUGAAAUUUGGAUGGAAUGUAUUCGUUUUGAGUAUACAUUUGGUUCUCGAUCAUUAGUUGAAGAAAUUUAUAAAGCUUCCCUUGUAUGUUUAGAACCAGAUUAUAUAAAUAUAAUGAAAUUAGAAUUCAGUGUAAUUAAAAGUGAAUUUUUGGAUGAUUCUCCUUCUGAAGACAUUAUAGUGAUUGAUGACGAUUAAAGAAUUUUUUUAAUCAAAUUUUUUGUUCCAUACAUUCUAUGUUAUAUAGUAAAUUGUUUUUUUUUAUAAGUACUGAACAAAUCCUAUUUAUUGUGAUUUCUUAUUUUUUUAUAUCACAACAGUCAUUAAAGUAUUUAGUAUCUUAUUGAUUAAGAUGUGAAUUAUUAUAUUUGUAGUCAUUAUUGUUUAGCUUGAUUUUUUGUAACAAGCAGCAGUUUUGUUAAUCAUGUUUUAUCAUGUUGUGUCAUUUUUUACAUUUGUUAUUUCGUUUAUUAAAUUUGUUUUUUUUUAAUUUGAUCUUAUGUAACAUUAUUAAGCUAGGUAAUUGUUUUUUAUUUGUGAUUUUUAACAUGUUAAUAAACAUAAAAUAAUAGUAAAUUUCAUUUAUUUUAUAAUAA